AUUUAUCUGCAUAAAUAAAAAUUUUGUAAAAAAUAAUUCAAGCAAAACGAAAUUUUGUUCAAAAUAUUAAAUUCUUUCCAAUACAACUAUAAUAUCACAUAUUAUCAAUGUCCUAACUUAGUCAUUCAUGAAUUGUUGUAUAUGUGUGUAUGUGGGAGUGUGGUUAGAGAAUACAUAAGUACCUAGAAAACUUGGUUUAUAUAUAAACAAAUUGUAAUAAAUAUUGGAUGAGUGGAGACUUUAACCCAUGCAUGCCCCGUACUCGUUAGUGGUAAGCCUUUUUUAACCUAUAUCCACUUUUUCAUCCAUUAAUCACCCAUUACUUGCUCAGAAAUUGGUGGGUAAGGGAGGAUGAGCCGAUAACCUCCCCAAUGACCAUUCAAAAAUCAAUCUUACAACAAGGGCUUUCCUCCUUUUAUAUGGUGGAAGGAGAAAAUUCAAAAUUACAAAAGUACCACCAUUGUGGAGUUUGUGUUUUAAGUGUAUUUUAGUAGGAACUAUGUAAAUAAGGUAUGAACCAUUAUGUAAUUUGCAGAUGGGCACUGUAUUUAUUUGUGCUGUUAUAUCUUAUGUGUUGUAUUUGUGUGUGUUUAGUAGGAGAAAAUUAGGUAGAAACAGAUGAGAGUUGUGCUGAUGCUGGAAGUUGUUUUUGUGUAUGUUUAGUAGGAGAAACUUAAGGAAACAAAUUGGAGUUAUGCUGAUGCUACAGAUGGGGGUUAUGCUGAUGUUGAAAGUAACUUCCAGGAUAGCUGCUCCUCCUUCCCUUUGUUAAAACCUAUGUUUUAUUUCUGUUUACAGCCAAUAUAUGGUGUUCCAGAGCAUAUAAUGCAUAAGAAUCGUUUGCAAGAGUAUACUCAAAGAUCAUCAAUAUCACUUCCUGUGUAUCAAACUGUGAAUUUAGGAUUUCAACAUGCUCCCAAAUUUAGGUCAAGUGUUCUUGUAGAUGGAAUGGUCUAUACCUCUCCAAACACAUUUUCACAUCGAAAAGCUGCUGAACAGGAUGUUGCUAAAGUUGCACUAGAGUGCAUAUCCAAAAAGAUUAGGGAUGAAGGAUGUCCCCUUAUCCGUGAGGAUACUGUGUUUUGUAAAAGUAUCUUAAAUGAAUUUGCUGUUAAGAUGAAUAUGGAAAAUCCUAUAUAUAACACCGUUCAGUCAGGGGGAUUGCUUCCAACUUUUGUAUCCUCUUUGGUUUUUAAUGGUGUAAGUUACACUGGUGAGGUUGGUAGGACCAAGAAAGAGGCAGAACAACUAGCUGCUCGUGCUGUUAUCAUCUCUCUUCUAGGCAAUUCUGAGUUUGCAACAAUACUUUCUGAGAUCAUCAAAUCUAAAGCAAGACUUUACGUUGCAUUGCAUAAAGUCAAAGAUCCAGCGACUGCAACUUCACAAGCAAGCUCAAUAAUGCAACCAUCUCAUCAUGAUUUCAUGAUACCAACAGCAGAAUGUUCCACUCAACAGAUCACUCUUCCAAUUGCAUUUGUGCCUCUGUGUUCAGGACAACCAUCUGAAGGUCCACAAACUGUAAAAAGGAGGCGGAAGAACAAGAAAAAGGCUAAUAAGAAAUUGCGGGCUGCUCCUCCGGUGUUCUUCGGAAUUUUCAAAUGGGUGGCUGUAUCACACACAAUGAAUUUCUUCUUUCUAAAAUCUUUGCUGAAUGUCAAUUGUAACAUUUGGAUCCAAGUGAUACUGUUGUCAUUUGUUUCCCGAAUCCCACAAGUUUCAUCAGGAAAGCACUUAAGGUUGCCUAUUGGCACAAUGACUCUGGCUCAAACCCCACCAUGUUCGGUGGCCCAGUGAGUGGGAUUGCUGUGAUCUGUAUUUAUUUUGUUAGCUUUGGAUCUGACCUUUCUCCCAUCUUGUAGGAUGAUGAAUAUGAAAAAGGAUUUGUUCUCAGUAUUUUCAUAUCAUUUACACUGCGGAUAAUAACUUUCAAUUCAUGUGGCUUCCUUCUUUUCACUUCAAAAACUGCAUUUUUUUUUUAGCUUGGCAAUCUAAUUUUUCCAGUCUAGGAGUGGCUCCUUCUAGUCACCUCUUUUAAAAGAGGAAGAUCCGAUCAAGAGAGCCAGAAGCUGGGGCUGCCUGCCUGAGCUUUUGGAAGAGAAGUAAUGGACACUUUGCCAGAACAUCAAGGAUCCCAAAUGAGGAAAA